AUGGCGGCCGGAAUCGGAGGAGUCGUGAGGAUUGUUCUCUCCCUCCUCGCGGUUGUCCUUCUCUUGGUGUCUGGUUCCUCCGCCGCUUACACGGCGAGGACCGGCGGCGCCGGAGCGCCGCCCGACUGCCGGGAGCUGAGAUCUGAGGCGGAAUGUGCGAGGAGCUCCAGACGGUGCCGGUGGUGCACCAGCGAGGUCUUGGACGAUAUGUGCUUCGGCGCCGCCGAGGCAUGGAGGCUGCCCCAGCAGGUGUUCGCCUGCGGCUGA